AGUCGCUCCCCGCUCGCCAAGGAGAACGCGUGUGUGAUGAAUUAGUGUACACGUACGCCGAUAUUAUUGUUUCAAACAAUCGCUCAGCUGAUCAGUGACAAAUACAACUUUACAUAGUGACUAAUUUAAACAAUACACCCGCAAUAACGAAUCUCAUUACCAAUAGUGAUUGACGUAAACCAGACCAGACGACUAUAUCGAAAAUAUCUCGAGUCGAAUGUAAAAAUAUACGCGUCACAGAGAACCGUUCUGCCGCGUGUGACUGAUCGAUAUUUUAAUGAUAACAUGGUUUCAAUUAUGUGUUGUUUUAGAAGACGGUGAGAUAUAGUGGCCAGUUUGUUAAAGUGUGUGUCUUCGUCCUGUAUUUGGAAAACGAUGCGGUAGUGCGGUAAGCGGGCAGCAUGUGGGUGCUGGCGACGCUGGUGGUGACAGCGGCGGCGUGGUCCCGCGCGCUGGCGGGCCAGCCGCGCUGCGAGGAAAUCACCAUUCCGAUGUGUCGCGGCAUUGCCUACAACAUGACUUCCUUCCCCAACGCGCUCGACCACGACACGCAAGAGGAGGCCGGCCUAGAGGUGCACCAGUACUGGCCUCUCGUCGAGAUAAAGUGUUCGGCCGACCUCAAGUUCUUCCUGUGUUCCGUGUACACUCCAAUUUGCAUCGAGGAGUACGAGGAGCCUCUACCGGCGUGUCGGAGCGUGUGCGAGCGAGCGCGGGCCGGAUGCGCGCCGCUCAUGCAGAAGUACGGGUUCCAGUGGCCGGAACGCAUGGCCUGCGAGCGCUUGCCUCGAUUCGGGGACCCGAGCCGCCUGUGUAUGGAAGAACCGGACAGGGAACAGGAGCCGGAGCCGCCGCGUCCUCCCCGCCGGCCCCACCAACGUUGCAAAGAUCCAAAAAACUGCGAGGGCGGCGCUGCCGGCGCAAGCGCAAACGGGGGCGGGGCGCCGAGCAGCGCGGACGCGGGCGCGGGCGCGGGCGGGGGAGCGACGCCGGCCGAGUGCGGCGAGUGCACGUGCCGCCCGCCGCUGGUGCCGCGCCCGCGCCCCAACGUCAGCACGCCGCUGCUGCCGCCCGCGUGCGCGCUGCCGUGCCGCGGCGCGUUCUUCACUCGCGAGGAGAAGGACUUCGCCGCCGUGUGGGUCGCGCUCUGGUCCGGCCUCUGCGCCGCCUCCACGCUCAUGACGCUCACCACCUUCCUCAUAGACUCGCAGCGGUUCAAGUACCCGGAGCGCCCGAUCGUCUACCUGUCCGCCUGCUACUUCAUGGUGGCGAUCGGCUACAUGACGCGCCUGGCGCUCGGCCACGAAGAAGUCGCGUGUGAAGGUCCUCUGCUCCGCACCUCCGCGAACGGCCCGAGCGCGUGCACCCUCGUGUUCAUCCUGGUCUAUUUCUUCGGGAUGGCGUCGUCAAUAUGGUGGGUGGUGCUGUCGUUCGCUUGGUUCCUCGCCGCGGGGCUGAAGUGGGGCAACGAGGCGAUCGCGGGGCACGCGCAGUACUACCACCUGGCCGCGUGGCUGGUGCCGGCCGCGAAGACUGUGGCGGUGUUACUGGCGGGCGCGGUGGACGGCGACCCGGUGGCGGGCGUGUGCUACGUGGGCAACACCGACCCCGACAACCUCAAACGAUACGUGCUCGCGCCGCUCGUCGUCUACUUCGCUUUAGGGGCGACGUUCCUGCUCGCCGGGUUCGUGUCGCUGUUCCGCAUCCGGUCGGUGAUCAAGCGGCAGGGCGGCAUCGGCGCCGGCUCGAAGGCGGACAAGCUGGAGAAGCUGAUGAUCCGCAUCGGAGUGUUCAGCGUUUUAUACGCGGUGCCAGCGGGGGUCGUGAUCGGGUGUUUGGCGUACGAGGCAGGAGGGAGGGAGGAAUGGCUGCGGCGGGUUGCGUGCGGGGCGGAGUGCGGGGGGCGACCGCUGUACUCGGCGCUGAUGCUGAAGUACUUCAUGGCGCUGGCGGUGGGCAUCACGUCGGGCGUGUGGAUCUGGUCGGGCAAGACGCUGGACUCGUGGCGCCGCGUGUGGAGGGGAGCGCAGCCCCCGCCCCCGGCACAACGAGCCCUAGUCAAGGGUGCCGUGUGACCCGCGCCCCCCGCGCCCCCCGCGCCCCUGCCCGCGCCCCCGCCUGCGUCUGUGCCCCCGUCAGCCCCCGGAGUCGCCUCGUCUGCGAGAUCUGCCCCGCCGCUCUCCGACUACGGACCUGUCUAACAAAGCGAUGAGUGCCUGAGGAAUCCGCGACCCGAGUGAUUUUCCUACGUAACAAUGACCGCGCCUCUGUAUAAAUGUUGGCGGUUUCCUGUGAAACUUCAGCGAUUCGUAGAGGAGGAAGAGGGGAAGGCUCAAUAAACGCCUAUGCAACCGGUUAGAAUGUAAAACGUGUGUUUCUAUGGGGCGAUGGCGUGCCCCGAAAUUUCGAAAAAGACUACGAGAAAAUAUAUAAAAUGUGUCUCGUGAGUAUAGGCGACGUCUUUUUAAUUCGGCACGCUCCUGCUGAACUGAUGCCCCAAGUGAUGAGAGAAUGUUGAAAUUAUCGUUUUCGUGGAUUAUUUGUACGUUGGCCUCGUACCCAGUGAGCUCGGAAGCUAAUAGUGAAGACGUGACUACAACCUGAUUGUGAGCUAUUUCAAUAGAACUGUGAACGAAACGCCGCGAACCCUCUAGUCCUAGCGUAUACCGCGGCCCCCCAUAUACGUAACUAGUGUAUAAGAAAAAUGACUAUUCGUCGACUGUCGUUUAUAUUAUUGUCAUCAAAGAAUUACAAUACACACCUCGGUAUAGGGUGUCACUGACCUGACGACGUAGCUAUUCUCUAACUCGACGUUGUGUGCAUCGACGAGAUUGCCUUCGAAAUCGAUUUCUUGCCACGUACUCUGUUUUUUUUACUUUGUCAUCGACCUUUCGGUUGUUAAAGUCUCGUCUUUGAGCACAGUAUUGUUUUAUGUAUAUGACUAGCUAAUGUCAGUGACAUAAUGUACCGAUGUUCGUAUAGUGUAAAUAAUGUAACGAAAUCGCUCGGACUCGCUGCUAUCGAUUCGAACGAAUCUAACCGGCGUCGAUUCCGUCGAGUCCAAAUGAGUUCGAACCAAAUAAUAGUGUGAAAUAUUAGCAGUGAUGAACACUGGACGUACGAUUUUGAUACUGUGAUUCGUAUAUAACCUGUAUAUCGACUACUUAAGCAGAAAAAUUGUAAAUAGCGCCAUCUAUUGUUAUUAUAGUACAAGUCUCAAUGAUUUCUCCGAGUAGCAUUAUUGACAGCAGCCUAACUGAUGAAUCGAUAAUAAUUAUGAUGUUAAACAAAAUAAUUGUCAGUUUAAGCAACAGAAUAGUUGAAAUAUGGGAUAUCAGUUUAAAUCUAUUCUUAAUUACGUGUAAAUCAGAGAAAUCUUUGUGUGAAUCUUUAUAACGUAAUUGUCAAUUUGUAGUCACACAAACAAUUUUCUGAUUUGCGUUGAUGUUACUCCGUAAAUGGUUCCCAUUAUGAUUAAACAAUAAAAAUGUACAAACAUCCAGAAGAAACUUAUGAUAAUGCCUGCCAGUUAAUUCACUGCCAUGUAAUUUUUUUAUACAGAAUAUUAGUAAGGCAUUUUCCAAAUUGAUAUUAUAUUAUAAAUGUGUGUACUGCUGAUGUAUUUAAUAGGCUAAUGAAAGUAAGGAUCUCGAGAAAUAACUAGGAUUUCUAUAAGGGGGCGUCUAUAAAUUACGUGAGAUGUUUAAGGGGGGGAGGGGGUCGAGUCAAAUCUCAUCUAAUCUUACGUUGGAGAGAGGGGGGGUCGAGUCAAAUAUCACGCAAUUUUUUUUCUGAUUGAAACAAAAAAAAUAUACUAUUUUGGUCCAUUUAAUCCAGAUUGUACAUGCUUAAAAUUUAAUCUUAAGCGUAAUCGUAAUACGAUUUCUUAAUCAUUCACUAUUUCGUUCAAAAGAAAUAACUCUCAGCAAUAUUGAUUACUAGUCUUAACUAGUCGUAAAUAAAAGCACGAAGCAUUUUUUUUCUUUUAACAAUUACAAUCCAACGCAUUUAAGUAAGAAACCCACAUUUUGAAAAAUCUCACGUGAGAUUGGGGGAUGGGGGAGGGGGUUGAAAAAAAUCUCAC